AUGUCUGGUCCACCUCCACCCAAUUCAUAUCCACAGCAAGGUCAACAACAAGGUGGUUAUCCUCAAUAUCAACAACAGCAACAACCACCAUUUGGAGGUCAACAAGCACCACCAAUGCAACAACAUCCAUAUGGAGGUCAACAAGCACCACCAAUGACAAAUCAACAAGUACCACCACCACCACCAAUGCAACAACAACCAUAUGGAGGUCAACAAGCACCACCAAUGACAAAUCAGCAAGUACCACCACCAAUGCAACAACAUCCAUAUGGAGGUCAACAACAACAGCAAGUGCCUCAAACACAAAUGUAUCAACCACAAUCACCACCACCACCUCCAACUACACAGGUCUACCAAACGCCAACAAACUUCAAUCAGGUACCACCACCAACCGCACAAACACAACCACCACAGACUCAAAUCUAUAACUCACCACCACAAGUAGGUCAACCAAUGCAACAAGGAUAUCAACCAGUAUACCCACAACAACCACAGCCAACAACAGGAUAUCAACCAAUUCAACCACCAACAGGAUUCCAACAACAACAACAACAACCAUUUGGACAAACAGGAUACAAUCAAGCUUCACCAGCACCCUAUGGACAACCACAACAAAUGCAAGGUAAUCAACAACCAUACCAACAACAACAGCCACAAUAUGGACAACCACAACAGCAACAAUAUCAAUCACAGAUGCCAAACAUUCAGAAUCUAUCGAUUGGUGGAAAUCAAGGAAUGCCAAACCUACCGAAUCCAAUGCUUCAACAACAACAACCAAGUGUACCACAGUCAUCGGAUAAUCGUAUCAAUGUUGCACAGGUACCAAGUCCAUCGUCGAUUGUCGACCCAAUGAAACCAUACAUCUUCAACACCAACAGCAAUGAAAAUCCACCACCCUCUUCCAUCCAGCAGGUCGUGAUCGAUCAGCACGUAUCUAUCCCACAAUUCAUGAGAUCGACCAUCUACACCAUACCCGAGAGUGAAGACCUUCUCAACACCACCCAACUGCCCUUUGCAGUACAUACCACACCACUUGCCAACUUUGAGAUUCCACUCAUUGACCACGGUGUCAACGGUCCCAUUCGUUGCAGUCGUUGUCUCGGUUACAUGAACCCACACAACACAUUUGUCAACGGUGGUAAAUUCUUUGUUUGUAAAUUAUGUGAUUAUGAAAAUGAUGUACCAACUGAAUACUUUAGCGCAACAUUGCCAAAUGGAUUAAGAACAGAUUAUGAACAGAGACCAGAGUUACAAAGAGGAAGUUAUGAGUUUGUUGCAAAGAAAACUAAUGAUCCAGUGUUGGUACCAGCCUAUAUCUUUGUCAUUGAGAUUUCUACAUUCACCAUUUCCAAUGGUAUCUUGAUUAAUAUCGUCGAAAGUUUAAAGAAAGUGUUGAAUGAAAUGUAUGAUAAGACACCAAGAAGAAUAGGUAUUAUUACAUAUGAUUCGGAAGUACAUUUUUGGAGUUUUAAAAAGAAUUAUAAUAUGCCACAGAUGAAGGUGAUCACAAAGAACAGUGUAUUCGUGCCAAUUCAAGAUGGUUUCUUGGUGGACUAUCGUGAGUCCAAGACACUGGUCGACUUUUUCUUUGACAAUAUCACCAACUUUUUCACAAAGCCAUUGGCACCCAACCGUGAGUUUGUUUUCGGUUCCGCUGUCCAGUCUGCGUCGUUGGCUCUCGAAAAGUGUGGAGGUCGUGUCUUUGCCUUCAGCACUAACCUCCCCAAGGGCAAUCCAGGCGCCAUUCCAAAGCGUGAUGCCAAAAUCGAGAAGAAUCUAUUGCCAUCGACUGCAUUCAAUAGUUUCUACAAACCGCCAUAUGGUUUGCGCGCAGCCAUCAAGAUUCGUUGCAGUCGUGGUCUCACCGUUACCAACAACUAUGGAAACGUCACCGAGGAGAAUGGCGAGAUUCGCAUCGCCGGUAUCACCGACGACAAGUGCAUCACCUCGCUCAUCAAGUACGACGACAAGCUGAAACCAAAAUCCAAGGCAUACAUCCAGUUUGCCAUGAUGUACACAACCAUUCACGGAGAGAAUCGUAUUCGUAUCCACAACAUCCGACUCAACGUCGACUCGAUCCUUCCAAACUUCUUUAAAGAUGCCGACCUCGAUUCGAUCGUCACAUUGUUUGCUCGUUAUGCUGCGCGUGACAUUAUAACCACUGGACCAAGUCAAGUCCGUUCACAAAUGGUCGACAAGUCGCUGGACUUGCUCGCUUCCUACAGAAAGAACUGUGCUGCCGACAAAGCACACACUCAACUGAUCCUCCCAGAGUGCUUCAAACUACUGCCAAUCUAUAUCCUCUCGAUGAUGAAGACACCGCCCUUCCGUAUCUCGUCGGACAUCUCACCAGAUCUCCGUUACUUCUACAUGAACUUGCUGGCAUCGCUCCCACCCAACAAGAUCAUCCCACUCAUCUACCCACGUGUCUACCCAAUCCACAACUUGCAAGCGGAACACGGAAAUCCACACCCCGACAAACAACACACCGUCAUCCCACAAUUUGUCAGACUCUCAUUGGAGCAAAUCGCACAAGACGGUGUCUACCUCUUCGAAGACGGUAGAAACAUCUACUGUUGGGUACAACAAUUUGCAAACCAAAACGUUCUACGUGAUCUUUUCUCCAUUGACACAACUGUUGGUAAUAAUUCUGCAAAGAUUUCAAAAUUAUUUGUAUCGUUGAAUGGUGCUAAUCCAUAUCACCAAAAAGUUGAAAAUAUUAUUGCUGCCAUCAUAAGAUUGAGAGGAAUGGAACCAAGCAAAGAAGUCCAAUUUGUGGUUCAAAACGAAUUUUUAGAUUCAACUCUCAGAUCGCAACUCUUUGAGGACAAGAGUGUUGAUUCCGUCUCUUAUAUAGACUUUUUAUGUCAAAUUCACAGACAAAUUCAAAAUAAGCUUUCAUCUUCAAGUUUACAAAGAGAUUCGGAAAUACUUUUGAUGGCAACCACUUAUUAA